CAUUGGCGACGCAAUAUAGGAAGUAAAUUCCACAGCUUACCGUUCUUGUUUUGACAGUUCGAACGCAAUAUUAAAAUUCACCUGGCUCCACACAUUUAUCUGCAUUUUCUCUCAUUGUUUCUGGGCAGUAUUCGACUAGAAUAGCCGACUCGAUUAACUGUAACACCGACAGCACGGUACGGGAAGGUGACGAGGUAGAAAGUCUCCAUGAGUCGCAGUCGGAACCCCCUCCCCCGGGGUCAAGGGGCAGCACGAGCCAAACAGAUGGGGCUGCUCCUUGACCUGACCCCUGAUGGAGGGAUGGAUGAUGAGGGGAAUGAUGAAGAGCUUGAGGCAGAGCUGCUGAAUCUUGUGGGGGGAGGAGGAGGGAGAUCCCAAGGGAACAAAAGUGAAGGGAGAGCUCCUGUUCACAUGGCUGAAAUAGAGCGAAUGACAGCUCUUUGCAUGAAAGACCUUGAUGAUGAAGAAAUAGGGGAUGACGAUUUGGAUGACGAAGAUCUGCUGGCAGAACUGAAUGAAGUUUUGGAGGAUGAUGAAGAUCAAACCCCUGCUCCCACCCCCCCUGCCGUCACGCCGGCUCCUCCCAAAGUGAGCAUAACAUCCCACUCUGCUCCUACUGCUGCUCCCAGUUGUGCAACUGGGCUGGAGUCCCGCCUACUGGAGCGUAUUGAAAUGUAUAAGACUGCCAUUUCUAAUGCCAAGGCUGCAGGGGAGACCAGCAAAGUGCGACGAUAUGACCGCGGGUUAAAGACAUUACAGUCCAUGUUAACAUCUGUCAAGAAAGGAAAGCCAGUCAGUGAGGAGGAGAUGCCACCUCCCGUUGCUCUUGGUGGAAACCCCAGCAUCACCACAGGGUCUGAAUCGGUAAAGGAACGAGAACUGCCAGAGCCAGCGCUGAUGCCCUCUCCUCUUACCAAUCAGAAGCCUCUGAGGGAAGCUCCGCCGACAGCCCCUAAUCUGAAGCCACUCCAUUUGACCCCGCCCCAGAAGCCUGCUGCUGCCAUCACCCCAGAAACACCUGCAAUCUCUCCCCUUACCCCCAGUCAGCCUGAUGCACAGCACUCAGGGCUGAAACAGGCAGUGUUGUCCAGACAGAGGGAGUAUAAGAUGGCUGCCAUAAAUGCCAAACAGAACGGAGACAUUGACCAGGCCAAACGGCACUACCUCACUGCCAAGAAGCUGGACAUGCUGGUGGAGGCACUGGACAGAGAUGAACCAGUAGACCUGAGCUCGCUACCUCCCCCUCCUGGUGAUGUAGUACCAGAACACUGUGCACCUCCUCCUCCUCAGUCUUCCUCCAAGCCUGCUGCCCCCACUGCUCCUGCACCCACCCAGGUGGCCACUGCAGACCUGCCUGCUCCCAGCAGUCUCGGAGAAGCCCUGCAGCAGAGAAUGGACAUUUAUAAGUCAGCAGCAGAGGGAGCAAAGAGCAAGGGAGAUGAUCGUAAGGCUCGCAUGCACCAGCGCAUUGUCAAGCAAUACCAGGAUGCCAUCAGAGCUCAUAAAGCUGGACGACCUGUAAACUUAUCUGAUCUACCAGUGCCACCAGGCUGUCCUCCACUUCGGGGCUCAGAGGGGGGUCAGAAGAACUUUGUGGGUGUCCUGGAAACAGCUAUGAAAUUAGCUAAUCAGGAUGCAGACGCAGAAGAUGAAGAAGAGGAUGGUCCAACAGAGGCUGCCAAGCCUGCGGUGCGUCCACCUGCCCAGAAAGCUAAGUCUCCUGCUCCACAGGCCCCCGGAGGCUCCUCAGCUCCAAAACUGGGACCUAAAGCCCAGCAGCAAGUGGAUUUCCUGUUGCUAAGGCGACAGGCAUUUUUACGCGCUGCACUGCGCUCCAAACAGAUGAAGGACAUGACAGGAGCAGCGCAGCACCUCAGACAUGCCAAGGGACUGGACCCCAUGAUCACCGCUGCCAAGUCUGGCCUACCUGUUGAUAUCACCAAGAUUCCCAGCGCCCCAGUGGGUGAGGACGACUACUCGCUGUCUCGCUCCCGUACCUCUCCUCUCUCCCCUCGCUCAAGUGAACAGUACCACAGCCUCAUGGGCCUUUUACGAAAGCAGCACGAAAAAUGUCUGGGCUACUCUCAGCAGUUCACACUCAUGGGCAAUGUAGCUGAGGCUCUGAAGUUUGAGAGGCUGGUUGAAGAGUGUGUGAAGAACAUAGAGAUACUAAAGAAUGCCCACGCCAAAGGCCACCCAGUCCCCAGGUGCCGCACAGAGGAGAGGACCUUCAACUCUGUCAAGAUCUACUCCAACCUGACACUUAAUGACCUGAUACUGUACAUAAUCCGAGGCAUCAACCUACCAGCACCCUCAGGUGUCUCACCGAACGAUCUGGAUGCAAGUGUGAAAUUUGAGUUUCCUUUUCCCAGUGCGGAGGAGGCUCAGAGGGACAAAACCAGCACAGUAAAGAGCACCAACAGUCCAGAGUUUAAAGAGCAAUUCAAACUCAACAUCAACCGUGCCCAUCGAGGCUUUAAACGAGUUGUCCAAUCCAAAGGCAUUAAAUUUGAAAUCAUCCACAAAGGAGGCUUGUUUAAGACAGACAAAGUAGUGGGCACAGCUCAACUGAAGCUAGAGGCUCUAGACAACCACUGUGACAUUAGAGAAAUCAUAGAGGUGAUGGAUGGACGUAAAGCCACGGGUGGCAAGUUGGAGGUGAGGGUGAAAAUCAGAGAGCCUCUAUCAGGAGUUGAUUUCCAGCCAGUGACAGAGAAGUGGCUGGUGCUCGAUCCAGUCUCGUCCCUUUCUCCUCCAGAGAAACAAAAGGGACAGGCUCAGUCCCCCCGGUCUAAACCCAGACAUGAUGUGAGCAGCAGGAGCAGUCAUCCCAACAACGCUCCUCCACAGUACAAACUCCACAGCUUUAGCCUUCUCAACUAUGACCGGGAACGGCUGGAGAGAAAGAUUGCAGAGUACCGAAAGAAUCGGCGGGAUCCCCCGUCUGACCUCAUCCAUCAACACAAUGAGGUCACACACAGACUGCAGUGGCAGAAAGCACAGCUGGAGCGCGCCUCUCCUGCUCUGCUAACAGAAUAUGAAAAUGUGCUGCGGCGCUUCGUCCAAGGACUUGCUGACUCUGUGAAGAAAUACUCCAGUCAAGGCAACAGAGAUGCUGCCAAGGAUGCACUGGGCAGGUUGAAGAUGGUAGAGAGUGAGCUGGAAUCGCUGAAAAGGAAACGCACUGGAUAAGAAGAGAAAAAGGGAGCAGAGACUUGGCUGGACUACUGUUAUUUCCUCUCCCUCUGUCUCAUACACAAUCCUAUACAAUACCACAGUUGGUACUUUAAGCACGAUUCUGUGCUGCUCAUGUCCAUGACAACUGCAUGAACCAACCUGCUAAUUCUGUCAACAGAUCAUAUAACUUGUGACACUUGUGGUUAGUUGCCUGCCACUAUACUUGAGAAUACAUUGUGUAACUACAAAGGGACACAAAUUAAAACAAGGGAGAGGCAGGGUUAUUUGCACUUAAACAAGAAGGACACUACAGAAAUCAGCUUCUAAAAUACAGAUUUACAGCCCUUACCCAUACUCUUUAUAGUUUGUUUUUGUUUUGUUUUUUUACAUAUAUUCCAUCUUUUCUCUGAGACAUCUUGUGAAGAGAUCUGUAAGAAGACUUAACAUUUUACAUUUGACAUCAGCUCGAAGUCUUUUGGUGUCCAGUGAUCACCAAACAAUGUGUAUGUGCAUGUGUGUGCUUGCUCUGAAGUGUGUUUAACCAAUGGACUGAGGUGUUUUUAACCCCUUUUCCCAUAUUAUAUGUGUGUAAUGAGCUUAAUCUAAUCUGUCUGCUCCAGUGUUCCCAGAUUACAGUAAUCUGCUCCGUUUGGAGUGGUUUGAUAUGGGAAUAAAAAAACGGGGCUACAACCCACAUCCCAUAAUGAGGGAUUAGUGUUUGUGUCACCAAGGAGACGACUAGCUCAGACGUAGAGUCGUCGUUGGGGCUGGGGAGAUGGUUGUUAACAACGUGCAAUGAAUGUGGUAGGAGCUUAGCCCUGCUAAAGGAUUGCUGCUUCUUCGCCUUCAUCAGCUGUUUCUUCUUAGUUGUCUUCUUCAUCUUCACUCUCGUCAAACUAAUUCCAUUGCAUUUAUCCAGAGAUUAUUCAGAGUCUUGAGAAAUAUGUUGCUCCACUUGGAUUUCCUUUAAACUCCAAUACAUUAUUAAAUCCAUUGUGCGGUCAAUUAGAAAAUAAUUAGCAGCUUGUCAGUGUUCUGCUAUUUUCCACUGAUUUUAGGGUACGCAGUUUAUAAAAAUCAGAUUCUGUCCCACUGAGCUCUCCAGUGGCAGCACAGCAGAUGCUGAAUAGAGUAGCCACAGGAAGACAACCGAAUAUCUGUCAGUAAGGCUGGGUAAUUGCUCAUUUCUAUUUCUGUUCCCCCAGAGACAUCCCUGUCACAGUUAUGGUUGUCAUUCUUCUCUACAUUACACCUUUUUUGUGGCUGUAGAGUCAAGGGGAUUUGUUAAAACUUUGGAAUAGGUACUGUAGAUUACAACUGACAAAGGCAGAAACCUUGGAAUAAAUUGUUAGCCACGACAACACUAGAUGUACAAAAACAGUAAUUUUACAAAUGUGCCUCAUUGCUGCCAUGUAUUUUCUGCUCUGUUCAGUGCUCUGGACAGAUUUUUCCUCUAUGUGUUUGACAACCUGCUAACCUGACAGUAGAUGCUGGUGAUCCAGGUUGACUGCAUGCAGCCAGGAUGUAGCAGAAUGCUUUAAACGAGCCUUACUGUAUGUUUAUGUUUGACUCUUCUAAGUUGAUGAUGUCUGUUGACUCGGCUAACAGUUUUCUGGUCACAUGACAGAGCAGAGAAUCAUGUGUUUGCCCUAAUCCACCCACCGUCUCACUCCAUUAGCAAAUAAUCCCGGUUAAAGUUGACCUGAUAUGGCUCUCCAUAGACUGUGUGAUUUUUAUGUAAUACCCCCUUCCCCCACUAUCUUCUGACUCUUUGUAAAUGGCACAUUAUGUGGUUUUGAUACGCUGAUAUUUUUUUGACGGACAGGAGAGAUGAGUGUCUGCUUGUAGUGACUAUAUAACCUUUACCUUACUAUGGGUUGGCACUUAAAAGACCCAACCAGUGUGUUUGCAAUUUUUAGCAUCUUAACUUCCGGUCAUGUACACAUAACAGUUUUGCUGAAAUUAUUCAAUGCUUGCAACCCAAUUUCAGAUUUUUGGGCGUAGUUUUCCUACUCUUCCAGGCAGAAAUUGGUUUCUGUGUGGUAUGAAAAUCAUUUAUCAGAAUCUUGAAACUUGUAAUUGCCUCAAUGAGCCAAACAUUUGGCUCAUUGAGUUGUGUAGACUCAAUAGACUACACCAUUCAAGCAAAUUUCAGUGGUCUGCUAAUUGCUUUUCAUUCUGUAUGGAAAUAAAUGGAGACCACUGGCUGCCCGAAACAGUACAAAAGAAUUGGGCUGCAACUAAUGAUUAUUUUCAUUACUGAUUAAUCUUCCUAUUAUUUAAUGGUGGAUUAAAAAGACAGAAAACGGUGAAAAAUUUCUCUUAGAAUUUCCUAAGACCCAAAGGCUUCAAGUUCCUGGUUUUUGUCUGACUAUCAUUCCAAAACCCAAAGAUAUUCAGUUUACUAUCACAUGAGACAACGAAAAGCAGUAUACACUCACAAUUGGGUAUUUUUGCUUAAAAAAUUCUCGAAAAAAUUAAACAAAUUAUUUCAGGUGUUCAAAAACUACUAAGGAUUUCUAAAACAGAGAGGCAUGGUUUGGAAAAAAAGACGGUCUGUGAUUUGAAGUAUAUUGGGCUAAAACAUGCAAGACCAUUGGUACCGUCCUUUUAACAAAAAAAGUGGUUCUGAUUUACUACGUCAAGUAAAGACUGAAUGCGACGCCGUAGCUCUGAUAUAACUUGGGUUGCAGCGCUUGCAUGUUUUAACAGCAUUAAAAGCUCACACAAAAACUGCAACUCCGUAGCACCAGUUUCUUUCAAUUCAAUAGCUUUGACCCCAUUUCACCCCAAACACACACAUACACACUCCUGCCACAUCACCCCACUCGAGUAACCUCAUGGCCUCUGAAGCUGUCCUGUUGUCAUGGCAACAAGCUCAUCAGCAUUCAGUGUCCUAUGGUCAGGACCUGGGCAGAGGGACUUAUUGUUAAAGUUUGUCCUGCUGGUGACUCACAAUCCUUUCCCACAUAUACAACACAUCCCACACACACACUCCUUCUCACCCUUUUUUUUUUUUUUAAGUUUGUUUGGCUCUCUCUUUUUUUCUUUUUUUAUCCUACUCUGUAAUCUGACUACACUCCAUUUAAAAAAGGAGGGGGGGUUUGGUGGAUUGUUUAUCAUCACUGUUAAUAUUUCAGUUUUGGGUUAAAUGUGUUCAUACUAAUGUUGAACCUUUGACAUUUUUAAAAAUCUGUUAAGUCAUGUAAGGGCAAUCAAUAUAAAUGUAAUAUGUAUAUACAGUAAAUAUACAACAUAAUGUACUCUGUCUCUAUUUUUAAGCGUAAGUCAUGAGGAUUUGUGCAGCUCAAAAUGAGAAUAUAUAAAAGCCUGAUUGUUUAGGCUGUAGUAUCUUAUGUUUGUUGUUGAUGUUAACAUAAAUAAA